AUGGCAAUUAUAUUUGCUAUUUUUUCUUCCGCUCUCGCCAAUGUUUUCGAAGGCCAGGCGAUCAUGUUCAUCUACAUUUUCACCCUGACUUUGCAAGCAGUUAGUUGGAUCGUCAAUGGAUUUGUCCUCGUUAUUUUUCACAAGUGAGUUUUUUUUUGAGUCUCAAAUUCGUCUGUACACUUCAGAAAACCUUCAAUGCUGUUGAAUUUGAACCAUCGACUCAUUUUUUACCUUUCCCUGGCUGAUUGGAUUUUCACUAUGGCGUGUAAGUUACUUUUUUGGUUUCUCAUUGUGUUCUGCUCCGAAAAAAGAUAUUUGAGUUUUAGAUUUUUCUAAAAGUUGGCAUAAAUCAUAGAGGAAAAAUCCAAAAACUGCAACCUGUCCAAUAUUCAAGUUUUAGAGUUAGAACGCUCAUCAAAAUCGAGGAUCGCAAAAAAAUACAAUUUUUUUGAAAGUAAAAAGGAUCAAAGAGCGCGAAGUAACAAAAUCAGAGCAAAGUUGCUGCAUGGACAAAAACUUCAUUGUAAAUAAUUAAUUGGAUUCUUUUUCUCUUUCAGAAUAAGAAAAUGUGCUUUGUCAGAAAAAAAAGAUGGAAGUAGUAUAAGAAAAUUCGCACAAUUCCAUACUAUCCUGAACUUCGACAGAUAAUAUUUUCUUGAACAACUUUUUAUUUUUAUUUCUAUACUUUUAAACGGUGAAUUCAUUUUUUUGGAAAAAAAGAACCUGAAAUUUAUUUUAAGCUUCACGUUAGCUCACCUCGUACCAGUAUAACUUCUAAACAUGGCCUCAACUUUUUCCACGGUUGUAAUUAUCAAAAACGUGAGCUUCACCUUGCUCUUCUAAUUUUUUUUCCUACAAGAGAUUACUUCGGCUACAAAUUCAAAAUUCCCAGAAUACACGCCUACUUCUCGAUGCAGUGGAUAACUAUCCACGAAAUCUAAAACUGCAAAUUUUUCGAGUUUUUGAGAAUGAGCGUCUCAAAAUGAUGACUUUGUCUAUUACUGAAAACUAUAUAAAGUAACAUCUUUGUUAGUCUUUUCAGUUAAAGAAAGGCCCUUAAAAAAUAUCCCUUGCUACUUGGGCCGAAAAAUUAUCACAGAGCUUUUUGCUCCUCGCUAACUAUUGCGCUGUUCGUAGGAAAUCAAAUAUUUCCUCGAGCUAGCAGCAAAUUUUUAAUGACAGCGCAAGAAAGAAGAUUUUUAGAGAGAAAGAGUAGAAGAGUUUUCCAGGUGCUCCACAAUUCGUCUACAUGUUGAUCAAAUGGAGUCCCGGACGUUUUGACUACAAUGUAGAAUUCGUCCGAUUAUCCUCGGCUCCAACGGCGAUCGAGUACAAAGUCAACUUAACAUUGACGAUCGCCAUUGCCCUGGAGCGAUGUUUGGUGAGUUCUCUGGCUCAAACUUAUCAUUUUGACUUCAACUUCUCACUUUUCACGCUUUCGAAAAAAAGUAAAGUCUAUUUAUGGGUUCAAUGUGUGUCUAGCUUUUGAUAGUAGACAAAAAUUCUCUAGGUCUGAAAUUACAAUUUUCCCGCUUUUGCCAACCUACUAUUAUGGGUUUUUGCUGAACUACAACUUUCCGAUUUUCAAAUUAGUAAGACUCUUUAGAAUUGGAAAAAUGACUGUGAAAAUAUUAUUACUGAGAAAAAUCAUUUUCCAUUGAAGGAAGAGAAUUUCAGAAAAAAACAUCCUCAUAGCUUUUGCACAACCUGUUGCGCUACGGCGCACCCCAAUACAGCAAAAAAAACAAGUUGAAAAUUUUUUGAAAAUCGAAAUGAUCUCAACAUGUCCGAUUAUAGGCCAUCUACAAGCCAUUCUGGUACCGAUCUCACAUCAGCGCCAGAUAUGCCAAUAUAUCCAUCGCUCUGGGAGUUUUCCUUGGCGUGUUUGACUGCGCCGUGAGUCGGAUGCUCCUGAGGGGAGAAAUACCAGCGGCGGAUUGUGAUGCUCCAGGCUGUUUUACCAACCCCAGAUAUCGUUAUUAUUCCGGAGUAUCUAGUAUGGUAAGAAUUAUCCCUUCAUUGAUAAAAAGUCCUUGUGAACUGUCUCUCCUCUUUUCGAUGUUUUUCGUUCAUUCUGACUUGAAGGGUUCUAUACGAAGUAGCGUUCAAAAAGAAUAGACUUAGAUAGGGACCGCAACCAAAUUUUCAAAAAAAUGUUCGAGCUUCAAUAUUACUAUGGUUGGAUAGCUGCUCCAAUUUACUAUUCAAAACAGUUUAGUUUUCAAAAAAAGGUUGGAAAAGUUAUGGUCAAAACAGUUGUCAAAAAGAGUCGCGAAAUUUAGUACUGAAAUUUUAGAUUUUUACACUUUUUGGUCGUUCCUUUUUGUUUUUCAUAUCGGAUUUAAAUUUUUUUCAGUAGUUUAGUUCGGUUUUCAAAGUCAUAAUAAGUUAUUAAAACAGAAUGAAACUACAAGUUUGAAGAGAAAAGCUAUUUUUUCAUGAAAAAUAAAAAAAAUGGCCGCUGCGAGGAUCGAACUCGCGAUAUCAAAACUGUAUGCAAGCGCACUUGCGCUGCUCCACGUCCAUCCCUCGGAGAUGGGAGGCGUUCGCGCUAUACACCACUUAACCUCAAAGUACAGCAUUUGCCGACUAUUUUUGCUUAAAAAAAGUUAUGAUAGUUGAAAAGUUAUUAGUCAAGUGUAUUUGGACCACCUAAAAAUAACUUAUUCAUAAAGAUUCAGUUCAAAAUGCCUCCCUUUUUCGGCGUUUUUUUGUUAUUUUUUUAACGUUGGCUCCAAAUUAACAAUAAUUAAACUUUUUAGGCAUCGCUAAAAUUUUUAUUUUAUUUUUUUAAUUGAUUGAAAAUUGAGAUACGCUAAUAUUUAAGAAAUAAAAAAAGGCACCCACGACAUCUAAACCGAUCUUUUUAUUUUUAAUUUUGAUCUGUGUGAUGAUCCUAUCAAUGACAGAACUUCAUUAAUAUUGAGUAAGAUAUAAAUAAGGAGUUUUUAAACGACAUCGUAUGCGAAAAAGAGACUUGGACGUCUUUAUAGUCAUUUUGAUUCAAGCUAGCGGUAAAUGGAGUAGUUUCCAAACCGGGGGGUUUUUUCCGAAAAAUUAUAAUCAAUUUUUCCACAGAUCAGCUGUUAGAUUUAUUUGAUUGUUUUGAUGUUUUAUUGUAUUUGUCGUGCUGAUUGCGGAAUGGCGAAUAAACACUUGAAAAUGUAAAUGAAAAAAAAUAUGAUGAUCUGAUUGUUGGAUUCCAGUGCAUGGGCAUCACAGUAACAAUGUUAACCAUGGCGAUAAUCAUCAAGCUGAAUUUCCACAAGGACGACAACAGACACAAGGACAGCUGGAUCAUCAAACAGGUUGGAGCUCAACCUAUUUUAUGUUUUUUCUGAACUUCAUCAACCUACUAAUUCAGACGAACCGAGUGACGACCGCUAUUUUGACGUCUUCCUUCGUAUUUUUCACCAUACCGAGCAUUCUGUUCGGCGUAAGUGGGAUGAUUGGAGACGAUGGGGUCGUUUUCAAACAACUUGGCCCAUUUUACGUCGUUGGACUGCUGUCAUCAGGUAUUUCUGACUACAGAGGGAAGAAAAAAAGAUAUAUUCCAACUUCCAGGGAUCUGCAACGGAUUGAUAUUCGCGACUGUCAAUAGGGAAGCUCGGCAAGUAGCUAAGCUCGUAAUGAUCGGAAUCAUUGAAUCGAUAAAAAUCAAACCGAAAAAUAAGGUGACAGAGCUGCACGCCAUUCAUAAUUCCCCACUAGAAAACCCCGAUAUGAGACAUAUUUAGGAAAAAAAACUCAUGAAAAAAAAUUUUUUUUUUCUAUGUACUCUGUAAAAUUGUGCUUUCUCUGAAUCUUGAGCUUCUCAGGAACUUUGAGCUACCUCACAACUCACUACUCUUUCAUUCGUAUAAAAAAAAUCAUCUUGAAAGCCUCUCUUUUUGUUUUUCUUUUCCCUUUUUCGAUUUGGUUUGAAUUAUUAUAUAAGAGUCUUCUCCAGUUUAUUACAUGUUGUUUCAUUAUGAAAAAAAUUAUAAAAGUAUCGGCUCAGUUUCCGAAGAUCUUUUUUGCUUGCUCCGCAGUCCUCCCUCACUGAUAAAAGAUCAAAAGUCGAUAGAACUAGUUUCUCGAGCCGGAGGCCCUAUCAGUGGGAGGAGCCGAUCUCAAAUCAACACCAGAGCAAGCAAUUUUUUGUGUUCGCGAGGACACUCUUGUAGACGUGUGACCGGUCCCGUCGGCAGGGUAUAAAAGCGGGACUUCUGCGGGAGUACAGUACAUUUCGGCGCCUCCUCGGCAUCCGCACCUCGAGCAGCAAAAUGCAUUUCUCCACCGUCGCUUUCCUUCUUGCUUCUACGGCUCUUCUUGUCUCGGUUCGUGGUCCUAAUUUGAGGGGAAAAACCUAGACUCUAGUGUUUGUCUUAGCGGCGAUCUGUUUGCCGAGCAACUUUUUUGAAAAUUCCUCGAGAGAACACUUUAAAUGAGUCAUCAAUCCAAUCAAGAAAAUUCCAGGGAAGCGUCAUCCGUGAGAAACGCCAAUGUGGCUGUGCUCAGCAGCAGUCGACCUGUUCCUGCUCUCAGCAGGUCUACACCAUGACCACUGCUGCUCCCCAAAGAUCGUGCUCCUGCCAGUCCGCCCCAGUCCAGCAGACGCCGUCGUGCGGAUGUGCUCAGCCGCAGACCCUCCAGAUCCAGGUCCCAGUCACUCAGUGUGCUCCAGCCUGCCAGCAGUCCUGCCAACAAAGCUGUCAGGCCGCUCCAUCUGUCCCUCAGUGCCAGCAGACUUGCCAACAGUCCUGCAUGCCUAGCUGCGCUUCAGCCACGACCCCUGCCCCUCAGAUCAUCCAGCUCCAACUCGACAUCAGCGCUGAGGCUUCCUGCCAGCCAGCCUGCCAGCAGCAAUGCCAGCAGAGCUGCCAAGCCGCCCCAUCCGUCCCUCAGUGCCAACAGAGCUGCCAGGCUGCCUGCGUCCCAAGCUGUGCUCCGACCACUACCCCAGCUCCUCAAGUGAUCCAGGUCCAGCUCGACAUCAGCGCCCAGGCGACCUGCCAGCCAGCCUGCCAACAACAGUGCCAACAGCAGUGUGUCCAGCAACAGCAGCCCGUCGCCCAGUGCAACAGCCAGUGCAACAACCAGUGCCAGAGCAUGUGCGCUCCAGCGACGACCCCAGCUCCAUCCUGCCAGCCAGCCUGUCAGCCAGCUUGCCAGCCUCAGUGCACCCAGCAGCAGCAGCCCCAGGAGAUCCAGAUCGUGCUCCAGACGAGCGUCGCUCAGUCUCCCCAAUGCGAGCCUCAGUGCCAGCAGCAGUGCCAACAGCAGUGUGUCCAGCAGCAGCAGCCAGCUUCUCAGUGUGCUCCAGCCUGCGCCAGCAGCUGCUCCAACUCCUGCUCCAGCUACCAGCCAGCUCAGGUCGUCUGCCAGCCGACCCCAUCCAGCUCCUGCGGAUGCCAUCAGAACUACUCGCCCUGUGGAAACGGACAGUGCUGCCGUCGCAAGUAG